AUGGCGCAAGAUCCACAACAGAGUGAAUUGUGGCAGGUGGAAAUGCCAAUGAUUUUGGGGACGACUGAGGACACAGACAACGCCUUCCGCACGCAAAACAAGUCCCCAACUGACUGGGAACGAAACAAUGUGGUCCAGAGAAAAGGUCCAGUGAAUGUCAACUGCUCCCUGUUAGAUGUUGUGCACGGCAAGCUCGGGGACGAUCCAGACAUUAACUCUGACGAUGAUGGAGCGCUUGCAACGCUGCUCGUCUUUCAUUUUCGCUUCGUCCCCCAGAAACAUUCCCGACGGAUUAUUCGAGCAUAUAUUCACGUCGAGUUCUCAGGAGUUGACGCGCAGUCAACCCCUCCCGCGGUCUGGGCGAUUGCCCCUUAUGACACCUGGACAGUUGUACCGACAACGGACCAUGAAGAAAAGAAGCACGCAAUGGACGGCACAAUUGGUUCACCUGCGGCCGGGCCUUUGCAUCUCGGUCUCACAACUAAAUUUGAGAAGUUGAGGAUACGAGAUGUGAGCGAUGCCACGACAGUGAGUGGCUCGAUCGAAUUUUCCGACGAUGUCAACAAUGGUGAAUGCAACUGUGCUGCUUGGUCACUAUUAGAGAAUCAAACCAGAAAGACAGGGGUCCCUUCGUCAAUUCGCACCGGCAUUCUUCUUAAACGAGAAAACAAUGCGAUUUUCCAUGGGAUAGUCAAGAUAGCAUGCGUUGCGGAUUGGAAGUCUCAGUUCGAGUCGAUGUUUGUCAGACUCCCAGUGGAUGAUCCUGUUUUGUUCAACCCAGAACUGAAACCUGCUAGACCUCAGAAGAAGAUGAAGUACAAUCCAGAGUCUCUUCUUCGAACUGAUGUUACAUCAGUAGCGGAUGUCACUAUGCAGACCAUCUUCAAGGAGGCAAUUAAGGAGGCAACCAAAUAG